GCGCAACUUUGCAGCUUCAAAAGUUCCCUUUGGUAGAUCUUGUCACGCUCGCUGCUCCAAGGUGCUGUGUGAAGGAGACACGAGCGAUGGCCAGCUACUAGCUACUUUCAGCAACAUUCUUUUGCAAAAUUUCACUGUCGAUCUUGACAUCUGAAGCAAGACUGCAGUGCUUGGAAUUAGGCGCGUAGGAUUGACAUCGCGCGUGUUUGCCUUGAGUGUCACUCUAGCAAACUUCUCUUUCCGGCUCCGAACGGCAUAACUACUGUUUAUGCUAGUUCAAGACCCAGGGAGUAACUAGCACUCAUUUUGGUUGGAGUUAGUUCGUCACGCUACUCCUCGUUUCACCACUCGAAUAGUUUCCUUCGACUUUGCCCAGUACUCAGGGUGGUGGAUAUAAUACGGUUAUCCUGAGACCAGGAGUGCGCCAUGGAAGGUUUUAAAGAUGAUGAUCCUUUUGACUGGUCAAUUGAUCAGGUUAUCGCUAACCUCUGCCUGUCUUCUGCGCCGUGGACUCGUUCUUCUCUCCCUCGCCUGGACCUCACAACACUCGAAACAACCCUCCGCGAAAAUGAUGUCACGGGAGAAAUACUACUUACAGAGAUAAACAAGACGACGCUGGCUCAAGAUUUAGGUUUGAAAUCGCUUGGUCAGCGCGCUACAAUAUUUCGAGCCGUCGAAUAUCUACAGAAGCUGUCGCGAAAAUAUGCAGAGUAUAGUCAGUCCCAUAAGGUUGAUCAUUCUCACUCUGUCACAGCCACGCCCCAAACCGCCCCCAGAUUGAACCUUCUCCCGGAGACCCCAAGUGCACUUCCCAACUCCCCCUCGCAGUCUCAUUCCAUUCCUUCUGCUGUAGCUGCGCCCUCAACGCAAAGUAGGGCGGCGGAUGUUCUCGAGAACACCAACAAAGCAUCGGAGGCAGAACAGCAGGAGAAAGCGCCUUUAUUUACUGGCAGUACUUCAUUGAACAAUCGGCCAAAAGAACAUUAUGUCGUUGAUAAUAGUGGGAGAAAACGCCGCAAAUUAAUCCUGAGUAAACCUCAGGCUCCUAUCACUGGGACCCAGGAGGAGAACUUUGGGAUUAAACAAUCCUAUCAGUAUAUGGGACCUGGGAAGGUGACACUUCCAGAUCUCUUUUACAACGACAUGGAAGAUAGUGACGACGAAACCUUUGUAUUGACGGGAGCGAAAUGCUCAAUUGGCCAAAAGCGCUUUGUGAAUAAACGUGUUCAGCACUACUUUCUGCAGGAACCCCGCUCAAUACAAACUAAAGAGGGAAAGGACGCUAUUGCCAUAUUUCCAUAUAGCUCUAAAAUUCUGCCCUCGGGUGAGCUGCAAUAUUUCACACUUUUUACACAAGACAAGGGAGUUGUUAAGGUCUCGAAGGAGGACACCAUAUCCUGGCCUCAACUCAAACAGGAACGAGAUGUAUACGACUAUCUGCUCGACAAGUACCCAGCUGAUGAGGAUCAAGGCUUACCACCUUACGGGGAUUCUGGCUCAGAAAACGACUAUGAUUCCGAAACCUGGCAGGAGAUAGAGCUUGAAAAACAGGAGGUAGAAAUGGAACGGGAAAAGUCAAAAAGACUAUCUGGCCCAGAAGUUGACAGCAUUAUCGACAGAUGUGUCGAGCAAUUUUUACAGAAGUGGCGGGACCAUAAGCUCCCAACUCAGCAUCGUAAAGCGCAACGCCUCUGGUUGUCUUCUAGAAAGUGGAAUACAAAACAUACUCAAACUAAGUCCGCGCAGAGCACUAUUGCUCAUUUAGACCGGCGUUUGAAAGCGCUUCGAAAGGCCAUAAAAGAUACUCCAUGGUCAAAGGCGAGCGAAGUACAGCAGCAAUGUCAGUCAAUGGAGGAGACUGUCUUCAAUCGGGAAGUACAAAAGUGGACAAUAUCCAUUCUAGAACUUGACACAUGUCCCCCAAAGCCUCCACCAGCGGCCACUCCUGUAAAGCGCCCAAAGCCUUCUAUACCCGAGGACGAGGAGUGGCUAAGCUCUGAAGACGAUGAUGAAGAUAUCGAGGAUAUCAAUGAUUUCAUUGUGCCGGACGAAGAUGUACCUCUUUUGGACCGGACUGAGGAUAACAGACAGCCUUCUGCACAAGCUCCGACCCCGUCUAGAAAUGAACUAGAGAGUGAAGACGAUAUUGUCACGCCCAAAUUUUUGCGAACACGACGCUAUAAAAGCUUUCGCCCUUCAGAACCCAUGUCUGCUCGACAGCAUUCCCCCGACCAUGUUCGGACAAAAACCUCAACCUCACCGGCGCAAUUACGACAAAUACAACAAUAUCAUAAAGGGCCCGUUGAGAUUGUAGAUUUAACCAGGAGCUCAGAUGAGGUAUCCAACCACCAGUUCGAUGUUAAAACGCCGCCACUUAAUCCUGUUAAUGAUUCUAUUCUUCCGCCUCCUUCACCCCGAUCGCGACUGCUUAACGACUUCACCCAGACAGGGAAGAAGAGUCAAGAAACAUCGACUUCGAAGGUUUUGGCAGAAACAGCGCGGGUAGAUUGGUCAAUGCUUGAGGAGCGUUCAGAUCGUGACCAGUUGUUGAACAAACUAGUUUGGUCCAUGUUUCAGGAAGAGCGUCACGAAUUGCACCAAUUAAUCAAUUCAGUCACGUUAGAACGAGCCAAAAAGCGAGUCCGGAAAGCUCUACGCAGUGUGUUACAACACUCCCACCAAAUCCAAAGUGGUCACAGACACACCCUAUUCUUGAGGAUUGCUGCGCUCUAUGUUUCCUGGCUUCGCUGCAAAAGACUAUCGGCCAUGCAAGGCAUCCCAAAAGCAUUUAUUGAGGAUACACUCACAGAUAAAACUAGUUACGAUGAUUUCCACCCUAGACUCUGUGAGGUUCUCAAAGCUUUUUUAGACGAGAAGGUUCCAGUAACAAACGCCGCUGCCGGGCAACUACAGGAUGUUUCCUCAAACAAAAGGAAUAAGCCUGAACAUUCCGCCUCCAUACAGGUGCCCGCAACUGAGCAAACUCAGGAGCAGGAUUUUCAAGAACUUUCUAAUGGCUCUGAAGUUGAAUCACGUCAUACUCCACAUAGGAAGCGAAAAAGAGCUGUCAAGGAAAGUCAAGAAGCCAUGGACAUUCAGAGAAAAGCUCAGCGUCGCGUUAAACAACAGGAAGCCCAACGGAAACGGCUUGCUCGCGAGCUAGGGGGAACAGGUAUAAGCAACACAGAUCCAGAACGGCAGGCUAUUAGUUUUGAUGACCCAGUUAUAUACCUUCACAGUUACAUCGGUGCCCGGGUGAAACCCCACCAGUUAAGUGGAAUUCAGUUCAUGUGGCGAGAAUUGAUCAAGGAUGAGAAACGUCAAGGCUGCCUUUUGGCUCACACAAUGGGACUGGGGAAGACGAUGCAGGUGAUAUCGCUUUUGGUGAGCAUUGCAAAUGCCGCGGCUUCUGAUGACCCUGCAGUGAGGAACCAGAUUCCCAAAGAACUUCAACUUUCUCGCACACUCGUACUGUGUCCGUCAUCAUUGAUUGAAAAUUGGUGGGAGGAGCUUUGCAUAUGGACGCCCAAUGACCCUACGACAAGCCGCAAUAUUGGACCAUUUCACAAAAUUUUACCCACACUUCAAAUUGAGGAGCGUCUAGAGGGUAUAUCGUCCUGGUACAAGAAGGGUGGCAUUUUGCUGAUGAGUUAUGAUAUUUUCAGAGCAUUGGUUCUUAACAAAGCAACAAAAAAUCGACCGCCAGCACUUGACAGCCGGGCUCAUGAAAAAGUUAGGAAACACCUCCUAGAGGGACCGCGCAUUAUUGUCGCGGACGAAGCUCACAAGUUGAAAAAUCGAAAUGCAGGGGUUGCCGAAGCAUGUCGGGCGUUCGUGUCAAAGAGUCGCAUUGCAUUGACAGGGUCUCCUCUUGCUAACAAUUUGAGUGAGUACUACGCAAUGAUUGACUGGAUCGCCCCAGGGUAUCUUGGAGACUUCGUACAGUUCAAAGCCAAGUAUAUUGAACCGAUUCAAGAAGGGCUCUAUGCAGAUAGCUCGCAGUGGGAACGCCGACAGUCCUUGAAGAAGCUGCAAGUUCUAAAAAAAGAUAUCGAUCCAAAACUUAAUCGAGCGGACAUUUCAGUCCUAAAAGGGUCUCUUCCCCAAAAAGUUGAGUUUGUGAUCACUGUUCCGUUAACCCCGCUUCAGGAGCAAGCAUACAAUGCUUAUAUUGCUGCCCUUGGAGCUUAUGACAGUGUUGGGAAUCCAAGACUAUGGGAUUGGUUGUCUAUCUUGUCCCUGCUUUGCAAUCAUCCUGGUUGUUUCAUGGAGAAGCUCCGAGAUCGAAGCAAAGGUCCACAAAAGCCCCCGUCAAGCCGCGCCUCUCCUGAUACCGAUUCUGAAAUACCAGAGGACCCUUCAAUCCCUCACGUUCUCCUGUCUUCCGAGAUUCUCUCUGGACUAGAGAAGAUUUUCACCACUGACAUGGAUAUGUGGUCACUCGAGUUGUCUCACCGAGCGCUAGUUGCGGAUCAAAUAAUUGAACGCUCGAUCGCGGCCGGGGACAAGGUGCUGUUGUUUUCUCAUUCAAUUCCGACGCUCAAUUAUCUUGAACAGGUCUUAAGGCAAGCAGGACGAACCUACUCUCGACUUGACGGGAAAACACCCGUUGCCACACGCCAGGUAGCUACGAAGAACUUCAACUCAGAUUCCAAUACUCAGGUUUAUCUGAUCUCUACAAGAGCGGGAGGACUAGGUCUUAAUAUCCCAGGAGCAAAUCGCGUGAUUAUUUUCGACUUCCAGUUCAAUCCGACAUGGGAAGAGCAAGCUGUUGGGCGAGCGUACAGGUUAGGCCAACUUAAACCAGUAUACGUUUAUCGCUUUCUUGCAGGCGGGACAUAUGAGGAUAUUAUGCAUAAUAGAGCUGUUUUCAAAACCCAACUUGCCUUCCGGGUUGUUGACAAGAAGAACCCCAUCCGCUGGGCGUCCAAGAAUGUUAGGGACUACCUCUUUAAGCCAAAGACUGUUCCGCAAAAGGAUCUUUCGGAAUUUAAGGGGAAGGACCCAGCAGUUCUUGAUAAGAUUCUAGCAGAGCAGGACAAUAUCAGGAAGAUUGCGCUCACAGAAACAUUCCAGCGUGAGGAUAACGACAAACUGACUCCCGAGGAGGAAAAAGCAGUCCAGGAAGAGCUUGAUGACGAAAGGCUCAAACGGAACGAUCCAGGUGCUUGGCAGAAAAAGCAAGAAUUGCAGGCGGCGGCGCGACGAUCAGCCUUUCCUCAUCCUCCGUCAGUAAUGGGUAGCACUCCAUACCCUUCAAGCUAUACGACGCCUAAUUUUGAGCCUCUCUCUGCAGCUUCUAGGCUGCCAAUGACAAGUCCGGUCAUGGGCCCACCUGCAUUGACACCUGACACAAGCCUAUUUAGACAAGUAAACCAGCCAAGGCUCACGAAUGAGCCCGGCGUAUUGUCAUCGUUCCGCCCUGAGAUCGACGGAACCAUGACCUCCACACCGCCUGCACUGGCUGGAGCCACCUCCAACGGCCCAUUACUGUUCGGUGGUGGCACAAAUAUAUCUUCCAUUCCGCCCUCACCAACCGGAAAUAUCUUCAAUGGUGCAAGACCACUCAAUAGCCAAACAAGUCUUAAUAAUACUGAGAAAGGCAAUGGACCCCAAACGGAGCCCGAUAAUGGGUAUAGACCUCCGGCAGCCGACCAGGAGAUGUAUGAUAAGACACGUGCUGGUUCUGCCUUGGAAAAAGAAACGAAUACACCUCAAUCUAAAACCAGUACGUCAGGCUGCCGUCAGCAAUAAACAUUUGUUUUGUAGCUUUUCACUGUGUUUUCUAUCGCAACUAUUUUCUUGUUCCUUUUUCCUUUCCUCACGCUAAAUCUCCAUCCCCUCCUCUGUCCUUGUCCAGUAUAGCUCUCUAGAUAUACUUCACAUGUCAACUGAAAUUCAACAACUCUGCCAAACUCUACCGGGCUACAUCGCGAUGAAUUUGAUAGAAGAACUUCGAUACCCAAUAAAAUGGCCCAGGAAGACUAUCGGUUUAUCUUUCAAUCCUACAUCAUAGAGACAGCACUCAUGUACCCGGCCGGAUGAUAAAGAGCGCCAUCCGGAACAUUGCCCUUAACUUUUCUCACGCUCUCCUAUAUGUCCUUUCUUUUUCCUUUUGUUGUUUUUCCUUUUGUUGUUUUCCCUUUUCAUGUUUCUUUGUCUUUUUCUUCUUUUUGUCCUUUUCAUUACUACCCCACCCUUGUGUAUUAUUAUUUCCUCGGAAUUAGCCCAAGUUCGGGUUAUUCUUCUUUGUGCCUUGAUGCUCUACAUGAAAUCUCCUUUUGUGGUUUUUUUUUUUUUUUCCUGGCCCAUGUGCAUGCGUGUGGGCGGUUGCAUCUUUCUAGCGGGAAUGGGAAAAGGAAUUGGGAUGGGAAUUGGGGAAUUGACGUUUAUUUAGUACCGUUAUUCUCUAGUGUCAUUUUUCUCUUCUAAGGAAGUUCAAUGGGUUGGGCAUGUAUCUCCUCAAUAAAUCAAUGCGGCAUAAAUCUGUUGCAGGCUUGCAUUCUAGAAUCGGACUGAAGAAUCAACUUGCCGUACUUGGAUGUAAAGUUCACACAACCACACGUCUGUGGGCAUAAAAGGGUUAUAUCUCAUCGGAUUUUUUUAGUUCUCUAUUUUGCCUUGAUAUUAAAUCUCACUCUGGCAGGCAAAACACAUCCCUCCCUACAGCGGAAUAAUUUUGUGGCCCUGUUAAGUGACUAACUCACAUCCUCUCCAUAAAAAAUUGAUACAUCUCCUUCCUUACUUCUUCUGUGCCGGGGUACAUCCCCUUUGGCAUAUCGAAAUAACCAUGCGGCGCGCCG